AUGGAGUCACCAAAGUAUUACGAGAGCAGUUCUGGCCUCUCUCAGAUGAGCGACACGAAGGAGACCAUUGGCCGCCCGAAUCCCUCACAAACGAUCACUGAUCGCCUGCAACAACAACUGACGAUCGGUUCGAGCCAUGGAAGUACUAAGAAAGACAAUCGACCUUUAACCAUCGGGGCUGGAAAGGCGUUUCCACCGCCGCUGACUGACCCAGAGAACUAUGUUGUUGACUUUGAUGGGCCCGACGAUCCGGAGCACCCCUACAAUUGGAAUUUCGGUUUGAAUGCGAUCUUUGCUCCAGGAGCUGGUCGUGCAAGCAAAACAUUCGGGGUGGGCCCUGAGGUUGGCACCCUCGGCACGACGUUAUACAUUCUCGGAUUCGCAUCUGGUCCGUUGAUCUGGGCUCCUACAUCCGAGUUAAUAGGGCGACGAUGGCCGUUGACUAUCGGCAUGCUGGGCGUUGCUAUCUUCACCAUUUCCGCCGCAGUUUGCAAAGAUAUCCAGACGUUGAUUAUCUGUCGCUUUUUUGCCGGGCUCUUCGGUGCCAGUCAGCUCUCCGUGGUCCCCGCGGUGCUAUCGGAUGUCUAUAAUAACGCCCAGCGUGGCACUGCUAUUACCAUCUACUCUCUCACUGUUUUCGUGGGCCCCUUUAGCGCACCGUUCAUUGGUGGCUUCGCCGCAUCAAGUUCUCUUGGCUGGAGAUGGACACUAUAUAUUUCUGCUUUUAUGGGCUUUGCCAGUGUUACUCUAUUUAUCCUCUUGCUGAAAGAAACUUAUGCGCCAAUUUUACUCGUUGCAAAGGCAGCAGCGAUUCGACGACAAACAUUCAACUGGGGUGUCCAUGCAAAGCUUGAGGAGGUUGAGGUUGAUUUUCAUGAGCUGAUUCAGAAAUACUUCACACGUCCGCUGAAGAUCCUUAUUACGGAACCGAUUGUCUUGUUGAUUUCCCUCUAUAUGUCGUUCAUCUACGGGCUGGUGUAUGCGCUUCUUGAAGCCUAUCCAUACGUGUUCGAGUCCGUCUAUGGAAUGAAUCCCGGGGUCGGUGGUCUUCCAUUUGUUGCCCUUAUCAUUGGCCAGCUCUCAGCAUGCGGAUUUAUCAUUACACAGAAUUCGACUCACGCGAAGAAGCUUGCUGCGAAUGGCAAGGUUGCAGUCCCUGAAUGGCGCCUGUCUCCAGCUAUUGUCGGUGCUCCCGUGUUCACUGUUGGCAUUUUCUGGUGA